GGGGGAAAUAAACCAGGGGACAAGAAAAUCCAAGAAAAAAAAAAUUCAGGUUUCUGCGAGAAAAUCUGGAUGAAACAGACCUAUGUGUUCUGGGAUUUUUUUUCAAAGGGAAAAAAACUCAAGGGUUUAAGAUCCUCUGCAAUCGUCACGAAAUUUUGCGCAUGUAGCCUCGUUUAUGUUUCUAUGUUGUUGACGUCGAUCAGAAAGUUUUGAAGCUGGGAAAGUGAAAUUUUGGUUCUUGAUUUUAUCAUGGAUCCGUUGUGAUUGGAUUUUCAAAAGUUUGUGUUGAUGUUUCUCCCGUUGUUGGGUAUUGUCGAGCCGGGAUCGUUUUAGAAAAAUCUGACCAAAUUCCAUCAUAACAAUGGCUGCUUCAGCCAAAGUAACGGUAGGGUCUCAUGUCUGGGUGGAGGAUCCAGAUGAUGCCUGGAUAGAUGGGGAAGUAGAAGAAGUUAACAGUGAAGAAAUCACAGUUAACUGCUCUGGAAAGACGGUUGUGGCAAAGUUAAAUAAUGUCUACCCCAAGGACCCCGAGUUCCCUGAACUUGGAGUAGACGACAUGACAAAGCUUGCAUAUUUGCAUGAACCAGGGGUCCUGCUCAAUCUUAAGUGCCGUUAUAAUGCAAAUGAAAUAUAUACGUACACAGGAAAUAUAUUGAUAGCUGUGAAUCCCUUUAAGAGAUUGCCCCACCUUUAUGGAAGUGAGACAAUGAAACAGUACAAGGGCACAGCAUUUGGUGAGUUGAGUCCACAUCCUUUCGCCGUUGCAGAUUCUGCGUACAGGAAAAUGAUUAACGAGGGAGUGAGCCAGGCGAUCUUGGUGAGUGGGGAAAGCGGUGCUGGCAAGACAGAGAGCACGAAGAUGCUCAUGCAGUAUCUUGCCUACAUGGGAGGAAGAGCUGAGAGUGAAGGAAGAUCUGUGGAGCAGCAAGUUUUGGAGUCAAAUCCAGUUUUAGAAGCUUUUGGCAAUGCAAAAACCGUUAGAAACAAUAAUUCAAGUCGUUUUGGUAAAUUUGUGGAGAUUCAGUUUGAUCAGAGGGGAAGAAUCUCGGGAGCUGCUAUUAGGACAUAUUUGCUAGAGAGGUCGCGGGUUUGUCAAGUCUCAGACCCUGAAAGAAACUAUCAUUGCUUUUACAUGCUUUGCGCUGCACCAGAACAGGAAACUGAGAGGUACAAGUUGGGAAAACCAAGCACAUUUCGCUAUCUAAAUCAGUCUAAUUGUUAUGCGUUGGAUGGGCUUGAUGAUUCCAAGGAAUACCUAGCUACAAGGAAAGCUAUGGACGUUGUUGGGAUCAAUUCUGAAGAGCAGGAUGGAAUCUUCCGAGUAGUGGCUGCAAUCCUUCAUCUAGGGAACAUCGAGUUUGCAAAGGGUGAAGAAUCAGAAGCUUCAGAACCUAAGGACGAAAAAUCACGGUUCCAUCUAAAAGUGGCAGCAGAACUUUUCAUGUGUGAUGGGAAAGCUUUAGAAGAUUCCUUGUGCAAAAGGGUCAUGGUGACUCGUGAUGAAAGCAUUACAAAGUCGCUUGAUCCUGAUAGUGCAGCUCUAGGAAGAGAUGCACUAGCCAAGAUUGUCUAUUCUAAAUUGUUUGAUUGGCUCGUGACCAAGAUCAAUAAUUCCAUCGGCCAAGACCCAAAUUCAAAACACAUUAUAGGAGUUCUGGAUAUUUAUGGAUUCGAGAGUUUCAAGACAAACAGUUUUGAACAAUUUUGUAUAAAUUUGACAAACGAGAAGCUGCAACAACAUUUCAACCAGCAUGUGUUCAAGAUGGAGCAAGAAGAAUAUACUAAAGAAGAGAUUGACUGGAGUUACAUAGAGUUCAUUGAUAAUCAGGAUGUCCUUGAUCUUAUUGAAAAGAAACCUGGUGGUAUCAUUGCCCUUCUAGACGAGGCUUGCAUGUUUCCAAGAUCAACACAUGAUACAUUCGCUCAAAAGCUGUACCAGACUUUUAAAAACCACAAGCGCUUUGGCAAGCCAAAAUUGGCUCAAACAGACUUUACAAUUUGUCACUAUGCUGGUGAUGUCACUUAUCAGACAGAACUGUUUUUGGACAAGAACAAAGAUUAUGUUGUUGGAGAACAUCAAGCUCUCCUGAGCUCUUCAGACUGUUCUUUUGUCUCAUCGUUGUUUCCACCAUUGCCAGAGGAAUCAUCCAAGACAUCAAAGUUCUCAUCAAUAGGUUCUCAGUUUAAGCAACAACUGCAAUCUUUGCUGGAGAGUUUGAGCACCACGGAGCCACACUACAUACGAUGUGUUAAACCAAAUAACCUUCUUAAGCCAGACAUAUUUGAGAACAUUAAUAUUUUGCAUCAACUUAGGUGUGGGGGAGUCAUGGAAGCCAUUAGGAUUAGUUGCGCUGGAUAUCCUACUAGAAAGCCUUUCAAUGAAUUUUUGACCCGUUUCAGAAUUUUAGCCCCAGAGACUACAAAGAGCAGCUAUGACGAAGUUGACGCCUGCAAAAAGCUACUAGCAAAAGUGGACCUCAAAGGUUUUCAGAUUGGGAAGACAAAGGUGUUUCUUAGGGCAGGUCAAAUGGCAGAAAUGGAUGCUCACCGAGCCGAAGUUCUUGGUCAUUCAGCACGGAUUAUACAGAGAAAUGUCCUUACUUAUCAAUCUCGCAAGAAGUUUUUGUUGUUGCAGGCCGCUUCAACAGAAAUUCAAGCCUUGUGUAGAGGACAAGUUGCACGUGUUUGGUUUGAGACCAUGCGAAGAGAAGCGGCUUCUCUGAGGAUUCAGAAGCAGGCACGGACUUAUAUUUGCCAGAAUGCCUAUAAAACCCUGUGCUCGUCUGCUUGUUCAAUUCAGACAGGGAUGCGAGCAAAAGCUGCUCGAAUUGAACUUCAGUUAAGAAAGAAGAGAAGAGCGACAAUCAUUAUUCAAAGUCAAAUCAGAAGAUGUUUGUGUCAUCAGCGUUAUGUGAGAACGAAGAAAGCAGCAAUUACUACUCAAUGUGGCUGGAGAGUGAAAGUUGCACGCCGAGAAUUGCGAAAUCUUAAAAUGGCUGCUAAAGAAACAGGAGCACUUCAAGAUGCUAAGACUAAGCUGGAAAAUCAAGUGGAAGAACUCACUUCAAAUUUGGAGCUUGAGAAACAGAUGAGGAUGGAGAUCGAGGAAGCCAAAUCUCAAGAAAUCGAAGCAUUACAGUCCGUGUUAACAGAUAUUAAACUUCAGCUCAGGGACACUCAAGAAACCAAAAGUAAGGAGAUCUCAGACUUACAGUCCGUGUUAACAGAUAUUAAACUUCAGCUCAGGGACACUCAAGAAACCAAAAGUAAGGAGAUCUCAGACUUGCAGUCCGCUUUGCAAGACAUGCAACUUGAGAUUGAAGAACUCUCUAAGGGACUUGAGAUGACUAACGAUCUCGCUGCUGAGAAUGAACAGCUUAAGGAGUCGGUGAGUUCGUUGCAAAACAAAAUUGAUGAAUCUGAGAGAAAAUAUGAAGAAAUAAGUAAGAUAAGUGAAGAGCGGAUAAAAGAUGAAGUUCCUGUUAUUGAUCAGUCUGCCAUCAUCAAACUUGAAACUGAAAAUCAAAAGCUGAAGGCAUUGGUAAGUUCCAUGGAGGAGAAAAUCGAUGAAUUAGACAGAAAACAUGACGAAACAAGCCCAAAUAUCACAGAGAAGUUGAAGGAGGACGUUUCAUUUGAUUAUGAGAUCGUGAGCAAUCUUGAAGCUGAGAAUGAGCGGCUCAAGGCACUCGUAGGUUCGUUAGAGAAAAAAAUCAAUGAAAGCGGGAACAAUUCUACAGAUGAACAGGAGGAAGGAAAGUACAUUUUGAAAGAAGAGAGUUUGACAGAGGAUGCUUCAAUUGAUAAUGAGAGGGUCAAAAAACUCGCUGAUGAAAACAAAGACCUGAAUGAUUUGGUAAGUUCCUUGGAAAAGAAAAUAGAUGAAACUGAAAAGAAAUACGAGGAAGCAAGUAGACUUUGCGAAGAGAGGCUGAAACAAGCUUUAGACGCAGAGACAGGGCUAAUUGAUUUGAAGACAUCAAUGCAAAGGCUUGAGGAAAAGGUUUCUGACAUGGAAACAGCAGAACAAAUUCGCCGGCAGCAAGCGCUGGUUAAUUCUGCUUCCCGGAGAAUGUCUCCCCAGGUGUCAUUUACAGGCGCUCCGCCUUUGGAGAAUGGACAUCAGGAACCACUUGCUCCUAUACCGUCAAGAAGGUUUGGGACAGAAUCUUUUAGACGAUCUCGAAUUGAACGACAACCCCAUGAAUUUGUUGAUGUUCUUCUCAAAUGUGUAUCCAAAAACAUCGGUUUCAGUCAUGGAAAGCCUGUUGCAGCUCUUACAAUAUAUAAAUGUCUUAUGCGCUGGAAAAUAUUCGAAGCAGAAAAAACAAGUAUCUUUGAUCGAAUUGUUCCUGUGUUUGGUUCUGCAAUAGAGAAUCAGGAGGACGACAAUCAUUUGGCUUAUUGGCUAACAAACACAUCAACACUCUUAUUCUUGCUUCAAAGAAGCCUGAGACAACAGAGCUCAACUGGCUCAAGUCCAACAAAACCUCCACAGCCAACUUCAUUUUUUGGAAGAAUGACACAGGGUUUUCGUUCAACCUCUUCCCCGAAUCUUUCAACUGAUGUGGUGCAGCAAGUAGAUGCUAGAUAUCCUGCUUUACUUUUUAAACAGCAGCUUACGGCCUAUGUUGAAACAAUGUAUGGAAUAAUCCGAGAGAAUGUUAAGAGAGAAGUAUCGUCACUGCUUUCUUCCUGCAUUCAGAGUCUGAAGGAAUCAUCAUGCGAUUCCUCUGUUGUGAAUUCACCGUCAAAGUCAUCUGAAGAGAAUCUCCCGGCUAAGUCAUCUGAAGAGAAUUCCCCAAAGAAGUCAUCUGAAGAGAAUUCACCGAAGGAGUCAUCGGGAGAUAAGUCACCGCAAAAGCUAUCUGAUGAUAAUUCACCAUCUAAAGAGGGGCAAGCAGUGAAGUCGUCUGAAGAGAAUUCACCAGCAAGCUCUUGGCAAAGCAUUAUUGAGUUUUUAAAUUACAUUCUCAUCACAUGGAAGAAAAACUACGUUCCUCUGUUUCUCGUUCAGAAGAUGUUCAGCCAAACUUUCCAAUACAUCAAUGUUCAACUUUUCAACAGUCUUCUCCUCGAACGGGAAUACUGCACAGUCAACAUGGGCAUAAAAGUGAAGGCAGGGUUAGAUGAACUAGAGUCAUGGUGCAGCCAAGCGACUGAAGAGUUCGUAGGAUCCUCUUGGGAUGAACUGAAACACACAAGACAAGCCGUAGUGCUCCUGGUUACAGAACCGAAGUCAACAAUUACAUACGAUGAUCUUACUAUUAACCUUUGCUCGGUUCUUAGUACUGAGCAAUUAUAUAGAAUAUGUACUCUCUGCAAGGACAAAGACGAUGGAGAUCAUAACGUAUCACCAGAGGUGAUUUCCAACUUAAAACUUCUAUUGACAAAUGAAGAUGAAAAUAGCCGUUCCUUCUUGCUGGACGACGAUUCCAGCAUCCCUUUUGACACCGAUGAAAUCUCGAGCUGCAUGCAAGAAAAGGACUUUGCGAAUGUAAAGUCAGCUUCGGAACUCGCUGAUAACCCUAACUUCCUCUUUCUCAAGGAAUGAGAAAUUGUGUUUCGGCCUUGGUAUAACAUGUAUAUUCCAUUCCUCUUCGGGUUUUUUGUAGAAAUCUCCAUAGCUUUCUUUUUGUACACCUCCUCGUUCUCUUCUUUUGAUCUCUUCAUGCUAAUUUACUUGUGGGAUAAGAAACCCUAAAAGGCAGUAUUUGACUGUGUGAUACAAAUUUUGAUAUAUAAAUACAAUAUUAUGAGACCGCC